AUGCCAAGCCUUCCAUCAUCUGUCGACCUCGACGAGUGUAUCGCGCGAUUAUAUAAAAAGGAGCUGCUGGCCGAAUCCGUCAUCGAAGCAAUAUGCGCCAAGACCAAGGAACUGCUGAUGCGGGAGAGCAACGUAGUCCAUGUCGCAGCUCCCAUAACCGUCGUCGGCGAUAUCCAUGGGCAGUUCUUUGAUCUCAUAGAGAUAUUCAAGAUCGGCGGGUAUUGCCCGGAUACAAACUAUCUCUUCCUGGGCGACUACGUCGACCGGGGCAUGUUCAGCGUCGAGACCAUUUCCCUCCUAGUGUGCUUGAAACUGCGAUAUCCCAACCGAGUGCACUUGAUCCGCGGCAACCACGAGUCACGCGGCGUCACCCAGUCAUAUGGAUUCUAUACCGAAUGCUCCCGGAAAUAUGGCAAUGCCAACGUGUGGCAUUACUUCACCGAUAUGUUCGAUUUUCUGACGCUCAGCGUCGUAAUCGACAACCAAAUAUUCUGUGUUCACGGAGGCCUUUCUCCCUCCAUCCACUCGAUCGAUCAAAUAAAGAUUAUCGACCGAUUCCGCGAAAUUCCUCACGAAGGGCCCAUGGCCGAUCUAGUCUGGUCUGACCCAGAUCCGGACCGAGACGAAUUUUCCCUGUCGCCACGUGGUGCGGGAUACACAUUCGGCGCCCAGGUGGUCAAGAAAUUCCUAGCUGUGAACGGCAUGGGCCAUAUCCUUCGCGCUCAUCAGCUAUGCCAGGAAGGCUUCCAGAUCCUAUACGACGAUCGCCUCAGCACGGUUUGGAGCGCCCCCAACUACUGCUACCGUUGUGGCAACAUGGCUAGCGUAUUAGAAGUUGGCCUCAACGGCGAACGGUUCUUCAAUGUUUUUGCGGCUGCACCAGAGAACGACCAACAUAAAGAUUUACAGCUUGGUGGCGAGAGAGCAGAGGAUGGCAAUGCACUACCGGACUACUUUUUAUAA